CUUUCUCUGAUCACUACAAAUCUUUCUCCAUUGAAUCGUAAAAUCAAAGAAACAAAUACAAAGAAUUAUAAAUGCAGAAAUCUCUUCUCUCUUAAACAAGAUAUUUCUCUUUUUGCAAUUGCUUUGUGUGAAAUCAAUAUGAAGAGAAGAGAUAGAAAUGGUGAAAUUUGGGAUUUUGAGCAAGAAAUGAGUAGUAUAAGUAGUAGAGAUGGAGUAAUACUUGGAUUAGAUGGCGGAACUACAUCUACUGUUUGUAUCUGUAUGCCUUUAAUGUCCUUCUCUCAGAAACUCCCUGAACCACUUCCUAUUCUUGCUAGAGCUAUUGCUGGUUGUUCUAAUCAUAACAGUGUUGGAGAAACGGCUGCGCGUGAGACAUUGGAACAGGUAAUGGCUGAAGUGCUAACUAAAUCUAAUUCCAACCGGUCUGCUGUGCGAGCUGUUUGUUUAGCUGUAUCUGGUGUUAACCAUCCUACGGAUCAACAGAGGAUACUCGAUUGGCUCAGGGACAUAUUUCCAAAGCAUGUAAAACUAUUUGUUCAAAAUGAUGCUGUGGCAGCUUUGGCUAGUGGGACAAUGGGGAAACUUCAUGGAUGUGUUCUAAUAGCUGGUACAGGGACCAUAUCUUAUGGGUUCACAGAAGAUGGAAGGGAGGCUCGAGCUGCUGGUGCUGGACCUGUUCUAGGUGAUUGGGGAAGUGGCUAUGGAAUUGCUGCACAAGCAUUGACGGCAGUGGUGAGAGCCCAUGAUGGCCGCGGCCCGCAAACAGCACUUACAUCCAGUAUUCUUGACAUACUGAACCUCUCUUCUCCAGAUGAACUUAUCGGGUGGACUUAUGCGGAUCCAUCAUGGGCUCGCAUUGCUGCACUUGUUCCACUGGUAGUAUCCUGUGCAGAAGCAGGAGAUCAAGUAGCUAACCAAAUCUUACAUGACUCGGUCAAAGAUUUAGCGGAAAGCGUGAAAGCAGUUGUGCGUCGACUUGGGUUGUGUGGAGAAGAUGGAAUGGAUCCAUUCCCUCUCGUUAUGGUUGGUGGUGUGCUUGAAGCUAAUAAGAGAUGGGAUAUAGGGAACGAAGUUAUUAAACGCAUCUGCGAGAGCUAUCCCGGGGUUCAUCCAGUUAGACCCAAGGGAAUGAUUGAGCAGACCUGCUGACCAUGAAAUCCAGGGUGGGUCAAAGAUUGAUGGCUCGUCCUCAUCUGUAAUUGUCAUACAAAAAACAGCUUUUGCUUGUGACGCCUCACCAUCAAAAACCUUGGCAUUUAAUGAAGAUGCUGCUGCUCGAUCAGAACUAGUACUAUGUUGGACUUAACGUGUUGAAGCACAGGGUUCCCGGUCCAUCAGACUCCGUGAACUUUUUAACAUCCUAUUACACUUUGACUUGGAAGCUCUUUUUUUUUGGAUUUUCUCUUUCUGAUCGAUUUGCUGUUGCACUUGCAGCAUUGAAAGAGGUGCAGCCUUUGUCUACUUCAACAUUCAAUGUAUCGAUUCACGUUAGUUAUUGAAUACUCAACUGACACAAGAUUACAUCAAUCGUGGUUAUUCCUAAGUCUAAAAUUCUUACCAUAUAUUUUGAUCAUUGUUCGUGGUGAUUGGAGAAUAAUAUUGAUUAAGGAAGUUAUUGAAGUUUCCAUAUUAUGUAUGCUAGCUGUAAU